AUGGUUUCAUUCUUGCCUUUAGAUCCUCAAAAUGUGCACAAACGAAGAUGGGCUGACGGAACAUCAUUGUUACCACACACGAGCCGUCACAGAAAGCAGAAACUUGCGUGCAAACUGAACGACUCCGGGUUUGAGGACGAGUUAUCGUUGUCUCCAGUUCCUCCAGACCAGACUGAAGUGCUCCCCCUGCGCUCAAGGACAGAGCCCCAGUCAGGGCAGCUGUCCUGGUACCAUCAGUAUGGAGACACUGGAUACAAGAUCCAAAAGGAAAGAGAAACUCACUUCCAGCCCUGCAAGAGUCUCGCGCGCCAGCCACAGUUGAACGCAGAAGCUCGGUGCAAGCUCGUCAGCUGGCUUAUUCCUGUGCACCAACACUUGAGCCUGUCCUUUGAGUGUCUGUGUCUGACCGUAAAUAUUAUGGACAGGUUCCUUGCAUCCACCCCAGUGGCUGCAGACUGCUUUCAACUACUGGGAGUCACUGCACUUCUUCUUGCCAGUAAACAGGUUGAAGUGUGCUCUCCAAGAAUCAGUGAUCUGUUGUCCUUGUGUUGUGAUGCCUUCACCAAGGAGCAACUGUGUAACCUGGAGUGUUUAAUACUCGUUAAUCUAAACUUCCGACUCUGUGCACCAACUCUGGCAUUUUUUUUAGACUGUUACGUGAACCUUAAGAGUGGAAAGGCAGCUGCUACACUGGAGAAGAACUGUGACACUAUAAGGACCAACCACUGCAAUAAACUGGCCCAAAAACUGUGUGAGUUAAGCCUGGCAGACUAUGCUUUUAACAAAUAUCCUGCAUCUCUCACAGCCAGAUGUUCACUGCAGAUGGCCACUGAAAUAGUACAAGCAGCUCAACAACCACUGCGUUCACUGGGAAAGGAGUGUGACGGCUUUGUGAAUGAGCCAGACAGUGGUUCAGCAGAUAGUGACUGGUCUAACAGCAGAGUGGGAGGUGAUCUGACGGAAAGCAAUGAAUAUAGUUUGAUUCAAGAGUGUACAAACAACCUCAGAUUACUAGCCACGCUAAACCAGGAGGCACUGACAGAGGUGUAA